CCAGGGCAUCGAACCCAGCUCUUGAAUCCCCUCCAUCGCGACUCCACAAACCGGGUCUUCUUGAAAAAAUGACAUUUACCACGUAACGAUUGUUAUCCUUCCUUUUUUAGCUGGAAUACUUAAUAUAACUGAAUAAUUUAUACUACCAAGGAACCCGCUAUGGCCUCGUUCCCUCCCCAGUCAGCGUCGUCCAGCCGGGUACGACAGUCAUCAUCACAGGAAUCACCCAACGAGGAGGAAGAAGAGCUCCUGGACCUAUCUCCUUACGCAGAAGCGCGCGGUGCACGAAAACCUGAGCGCAGCCCUGAACCGCCCUUGCGACAAAGCCCUACCGCAGCCUCUCUCGCAGACGCCCAAAAGGAGAUCACCGCCAAUAAUACACAGGAAAGAGAAAAGCAAGUGGAUCAGGAGCUCUUAGAGUGUAAGCGCAAGGAAACUACGGAAGCCGAAGAGAGCAACAUCUCCGCGUCUGUGACUAAUCCUCCCCACGAUGAAGAGCCUAAGAAGUGCUGGAUCUGCUACACCGAUGAGACGGAGGAUUCGCCGCUGAAUGCGGAGUGGCGCUCGCCGUGUCCGUGUGCGCUGUACGCGCAUGAGGCGUGUUUACUCGAUUGGUUGGCUGAUUUGGAGAAUCCGAAAUCAAGACGGUAUAGUGGUCGGGCGGCGAAGAUGCAUUGUCCACAGUGUAAAUCGGAGAUCGUGAUAGCUCGACCGAGGAGUUUGGUGGUUGACUUUAUGCGCAAAGCGGAAAAAAUUGCCGGACGUUUGGUGCUGCCUGGGUUAUUAUUCACAAUGGCGGGUACAAUUUGGGCCGGGUGUUGUGCGCAUGGAGUUUAUUCGAUGUAUCUGAUUUUUGGGCCGGAGGAGGCGAAGCGGAUAUUGGAUUCUGGGGCACGCCAGUCGUGGAAUCCGAGACUGAAUUUGGGGCUGCCGGUGAUUCCGUUGACGUUGAUCUUUUCGCGGACGAGAUAUGCGGAGAGCUUGUUGCCGGCCAUACCGGUAAUAUUCUUUGCCACACAUCGCCCAGGUGAAGGACAACUGGAUUUAGAUAUGUGGCCGCCUAGUGCAUCGGUAACGUUUGCUGCACUGCCCUAUGCAAAGUCCUUUUAUGGUCUGCUCUAUGAAAAGCUGUUUGGAAGAUUGGAGAGGAAGUGGAUAGCAGAGGUUCAACCACGGGCUGGAGAGGCUGAAGAAGCCGAAGAAAUUGGCCAUGAUGAGAACCACAAUGGGCAUAUCCAUCACCGUGAACAGAUCCCUGAUAAUGAGGGGGAAAUUUUAAUGGAGAUUGGUCUGGAAUUGGAGUUGGGCAUGGGGGAUGAUGAUCACCCUCCUCUUGCUGUACAAGCUGUCGCUCAAGGUGGGGACAACCAACAAGCUGCAGGGCAAGAAGAAGCAGAAAAUCAGCAAGGAGCGGCCGCAAAUCCGAUUCUCGGAAGACGCCAGAACGAGAUUAUCCACGAUACAAGUAAUAUUGCCGACACUGUUCUUGGGGCGCUUCUGUUCCCCGCUAUAUCUGCUGGAAUGGGCGGACUAUUAAAGGUUACCCUGCCCAAGUCAUGGACAACGGCACCCGUGGAUAAAAGCAGGGCGGGAUUCCUUCAGACAAGGUGGGGAAGAAGCAUUGUCGGCGGUUGUCUCUUCGUUCUCCUUAAAGAUGCUUUGGUGCUCUACUGCCGGUGGAAAUUGGCACAAUCACAUCGUAAGAGGAGAGUAUUGAAUUAUGAUCGAACUAAAAAGCGGGUCGUUGGCCCGUGA